AUGUCUGUACCGUACCUAAUGACCGGAGGCAAGGAUGCCGGCCCGGCAUCGACACGUAUUCCGCCCAUUGCGAGGCCCUUUGUCAGCGAUAAAGCCAAGAAGACCCUCGACAUUGUGGAGAAGUUCGUAGAGGAAGACUGUAUUCCCGCCGACGCCGUCUACGCUCAGCAAGUCGGCCAUGGUAGCACCAAGGAACGCUUCUCUGCUCACCCUCCAAUCCUCGAGGACCUCAAAAAGAAGGCUCAGAGUCUCGGUCUCUGGAAUAUGUUCCUGCCCAAGAACCACUUCAAGGAGGGCGCCGGCUUUUCCAACCUCGAGUACGGUCUCAUGGCCGAGUACCUAGGCAAAUCCGAUAUCGCCUCUGAAGCCGUCAACUGUGCUGCCCCAGACACUGGCAACAUGGAAGUUUUUGCAAAGUACGGCACCGAACAGCAAAAGCGUCAAUGGCUCGAUCCUUUGCUACGCGGCGAAAUCCGCUCGGCCUUCCUCAUGACCGAGCCUCAAGUCGCCAGCAGCGAUGCCACCAACAUUGAAAUGUCUAUGAAGCAAGACGGUGAUUACUGGGUCCUUAAUGGCCAGAAAUGGUGGUCAUCCGGUGCCGGCGAUGCGCGGUGCAAAAUCUUCAUCGUCAUGGCCAAAUCAUCUCCUAAUAACCCUGACAAAUACCGUCAGCAGUCAGUCAUCUUUGUCCCUGCCGAUACCCAGGGUGUGAUCGUCCGCCGAGUCCUGGGCGUCAUCGGUUACGACCACGCUCCCCAUGGCCAUGCGCAGAUCGAGUUCAAUAAUGUCCGCGUCCACAAGUCCAACAUGUGUCUCGGCGAGGGCCGCGGUUUCGAGGUCGUGCAAGGUCGCCUCGGUCCUGGGCGCAUUCAUCACGCCAUGCGCAGCGUCGGUGCUGCAGAAAAGGCAUUGGAGUGGUUCCUGGCACGCAUCAACGAUCCGGCGAAGAAACCUUUUGGGCAGCUGCUUUCAAACCAUGGCAUCAUGUUGGAGCGCGUCGCCCGUUCUCGGAUUGAGAUCGAUGCCGCGCGUCUUGCAGUCUUGAAUGCCGCCAUCAAGGUCGACGAGGGGGACGCCAAAUUUGCUUUGAAGGAGAUUGCCGAGGUCAAGGUGCUCGUGCCCAACACGCUCUUGGAUGUGCUGGACCGUGCGAUGCAGGCUUACGGCGGUGCAGGUGUCAGCCAAGACACGCCGUUGGCUGCCAUGUGGGCCAACGGACGGACGAUGCGUAUCGUUGACGGGCCGGAUGAGGUACAUAUGUUGCAGCUGGGGAGAAACGAGGCCAAGAGAGGUGGCGCGCUUCUCAAGAAGAUCAGAGCGCAGCAGGAGAAGACAAGGCGGCUACUGGGAGAGGCUGGCAUAGAAUGGGAGGAUCGUCUGGCGCUCAAUCGGGUUAUGGGCGGCAAGGAGUCGAAGUUGUAA